UUACCGCCGGUUCAAUCACAUCUUGGCGCGAGUAGGAUCUAACUCCGAGCACCGGGAAACCGUUGAUCAACUGUGCAUGCUUUUCUUUUAUUUUCGGUGAUAUAUUAUUGAAGUAGUGAAAACGAUUGUUGAUUCAUUAAAUUUAUUGCAACGUUUAUUGUAGGUCAAAAUAGCCAAUAUGUUUUGGGGCUUAAUUAUAGAGCCGAAUAAACGGUACACGCAAACCGUAGAACGGUCGUUUCACGUGUCCAUGGCGAGCUUGGACACAAAUACUGGAGGCUCGUAUACUGGGGUUGUUCAAGUAAUGCUUCAUUACGAGAAUCGGACUUUUCUUUUAUGCACACUGAACAAAGGAGCUGCGCUGCAGGUUCCGUUGGAUCUCAAUUUCCAAGAAGGAACCGAAAUAGCCUUUAGUUCCAAUGGUAGCGGUCUUGUACAUUUGACAGGAUAUCUAGUACCAGAAGAAGAUGACCUAGAUGAUGAACUAGAAGAAGAAGAAGAAGAGGAGGACAUUCCACAGCUCAUUGGUAAACCAAGUAAACGCAAGGCCACAGAUUCCAUUAAACAAUCUCAGAAUCAUUUGAAACGUCUGAAGGAGGAGGGAGAACAACAGUCUUCUGACGAAGGUGAUGACGAUGAUGAACUAGAUGAAGAAGAUGAUGGGAGUGAUUCAGAUGAACUGCAAAGUGCGCUACUGGACGCGGAAGAGGAGGAGGAUGAAGAUGAUGAUGAUGAUGAUGAUGACGACGAGGGGGAUGAAGAGGAGGAAGAGGAGGAAGUAGUCAAACCCUCAUCAACCACAAAGAAACAAAAACAACAAAAGCAGCAGCAGCAACAACAACAACCAGCACAAAAACAACAGAAUAAAAAGCAAGAAAAGCAGAAAUUACUGAACGGCAAAGAUGUCAAACAAGAUCAGAAACAGCAAGCUAAACAACAAAAGAAAAACAAACUUGAACAGCAAGUCCAAGCUUCAAAGCAGGAACAAAAAAAAAGAGUAAUUGAAGGUGGUGUACAAAUAGAGGAUUUAACACUUGGGUCUGGCCCUCCGGCAAAGGCUGGAAAAUUUGUUUCAGUUUAUUAUGUAGGACGGUUUAAAAAUGGGAAAAAAUUUGAUUCAUGCAGUCAGGGAGAUGGAUUCAAGUUCCGUCUAGGGAAAAAUGAAGUCAUUCAAGGAUGGGAUAUCGGUAUUGUAGGAAUGAAGACUGGCGGGAAAAGACGCAUUACAAUCCCACCAGCUUUGGCAUAUGGAGCAAAAGGUUCCCCACCAGCUAUUCCACCCAACAGUGUACUUGUGUUUGAAGUUGACCUUAGGAAUGUCCACUAGAACUUAGGUAUACUCAAGAAAAAUGUGGAUAAACAUUUCAAAAACAAUUACUCUUACUAUCUCCAUGGUGUACCUCAUACAUUUCCGACAUGUCUGGUGAUACUUCGUAAACUUUUCAGAUAUAAAACUUGCAUGUAUGUUUUAUUUUUAAUACAAUAGUUUUUAUUAAAUAACUACCAUUGUUACACUCGUAUUCUGAAUCUAUUCAAACACGAACGUGAUGACAGAUUUGAUAAUAUUCAAAACAGUGUAACUUAUGACAUUACCAAUGUAGUUUUCCAAAAAUGUGUGAAAUCGUAUAGCAAAUACGUAGAUUGAUCGAUUUUUAUUGGCAGUUUUAGGUAGCAUAAUCGGGUCAAACUUACAAUUGGGUUAUACUUUUUGUUUUAGUUUAUAAUAUCAACUGGUUCGUAAGAAUCAGUGUUUGUUACAUGCGUAUAGAACAAACGACGCAUUCAUCACAAGUUACAAGCCCAAACUUUUUCUCGUAUACAUAUAUUGAAACCUUGGAUCAACGUGAUGCAACCAUAUAUGAGUAAUGUUAUUGUAGAGCCGAUAGGAUUAACUUACUAAUUAUCCAACUAGCGAACUACAAUUAUUGAUUUUUAUGAGAAAAUUGGAAUCUAACGUUUAUAAAUAAACUAAAUUAUAUUAAGGAAGGUCAAGAUGUUAUUUACAGUGUGAUUCCUGAAAAGUUGAGACUUGAUUAAACAUGAAAUAAGUUACAUUUUAGUUAACAACUUUAUUUUCCGUCAGUUUUGUGCCAACACUAUAGCCGGAUUAGAUACAAACUUGAAAUUUUGAAGUAUUCUAUUAACAUUAAGAAGAGUUCAAAUUAGGUAUAAUAAACUACAUCUGCUGCAUUCGAAUAGUCUUAGCUGUAAAACCUGAUGUUUAGUAUAAUCAACACGUCUUACAAGCUGAUCCAAAAAUUGAAUCAGUUUGAUCCGCGACUCAUUUAAUCUAAAUAUACACACCUAAAAUGAUUGCUAGAAAUUUCCUAUUGUAUAGUAACAAAUAUUAGUACCCUUUAAAGUAAAGUGGAUUCUUACAAACAAUGGUGCAGAAAUUGUAUCAGCAGCAAUAAUAAAUGAAAAUUACCACCCUAAUUUACAUUUGGCUACGGGGUACGAGACUGAAUCAAAAUCACUUGUUAAAAAGAAACUGUAGAAGAGUUACAGUAUGGAAAUGGAAAUAAUUUCAUUUGCUUGGUGAAAUCUAU